AUGAUUUUAGCUGCUUAUGAAACAACAUCAGCUGCUAUAGCAUGGUUUAUAUUCUUUGUAAGUAAAUAUCCUCAAGUACAACAACGAAUGAAAGAUGAAUUACGUGAACAUCAUCUUCUGAUGACUGAUGAUCUUAGAGGUAAACCACCAGUUACGUCAGACAAUUUAACUUCAUUAAUCUAUUGUGAAUGUGUAACAAAAGAGAUCUUACGUUUAGCUCCUAUUGCUGGACUUAUAAUACGUAGAGCUACUUGUGAUACUAAUAUUGAUGAUGUGAAAAUUUAUCGUGGUCAAACUAUUUUUAUUCCUUUACAAAAUAUUCAUACUGAUACUCGCUAUUGGCAUCAUGCUGAUCCUCGACAAUUUAUACCGGAAAGAUUUUUAGCUGAAGAUCAAAAUCAUCAUCCAUUAACGAUGAUUCCAUUUGGCGGUGGACAUCGAGCAUGUAUUGGACAAGAAUUAGCUUGGCUAGAAUUAAAAACAAUUAUUGUUCGAAUGAUGCAACGUAAUAUUACAUUUGAAGAUACAUCGGAAAAUACCGGCGGUUAUGACGAAUGUAUUGCAUGUUUUCCAAAAAAUUUGGCAGUACGUGUGCGCUUCGAUAGACCUUAA